AUGGCUGAGACCGAGCGCGAAGUUGCAGAGGUGGUCUCUCAGGCAGAAACCAAUGCACCCAACGACCCCGAAAUUGUAUCGCCGCAACCAUUAAGAGCAGACAAGGCCGAGCUUCCGACGGCGGCAGAAUGGAAGGAAGUGGCAGAGACGAAUGAUCAAGAUUUAAAUGAGUCCAAUGGAGUCGACGGCCAUGACUCUCCGCCUGUGAAUGCCCAUCCAGCAGCCAACGAAGCUGAGGAUGAUGCUACGGGACCGUCGGAGACGGAAACCACAGAAGCCACGAGUGCAGAUGAUGUUGAUACUGAGAACCAGGAUGAAAAGCAUCAGAAUGGGGAACCUCAGCCCGCUGCUGAAAUUCCUCCAGAACCCCAAUACGCCGCUGCCCCUGACCCAAGAACUCGUUCCGAUUCCAGAUCCACCACUGCUACACAAGCAACACACCGGUCUACUCCGGUAAGCUCUACCGUAUUUGUUGUCACGGCCCUGGAAGCAAUCGCUGCUUCGAAAGAUGCGAAAAGGAACAAGGAACUGGAAGACUCGGUCCAGAAGGCACUUGCUAAUAUCAAACAAUCCGAUACAAAACCUCUCGACCCUGAGGUUAUCUUUCUUCCUCUGCAAUUGGCGACCAAAACAUUCAGCAUUCCACUUCAGGUUACGGCUCUAGACUGCAUCGGAAAACUGAUCACGUAUUCCUAUUUCGCCUUCCCUUCAAGCCGUCCUAGCCAGGACGAUACGAAGCCCUCCGACAGGGAACUCCCAUUGAUCGAACGGGCCAUUGAAACGAUAUGCGAUUGCUUUGAAAACGAAGCCACCCCAGUGGAAAUUCAACAACAAAUUAUAAAAUCGUUGCUGGCAGCUGUUUUGAAUGACAAGAUAGUCGUUCAUGGCGCCGGUCUCCUGAAAGCUGUGCGUCAGAUUUACAACAUAUUUAUAUACUCAAAGUCAAGUCAAAACCAGCAAAUUGCACAAGGCUCUUUGACGCAAAUGCUAGGAACCGUCUUUGAUAGAGUUCGUUUAAGGCUUGAUUUGAAAGAAGCACGCACGCGUGAGCCAGACGGCCAGCAAGAAACUUCCGCCGAAACUGCGACAAUCGAUGGCGGCGACGGGAGUCAUAUAUCGGAGUCAACCGAGGCUGUAUCAAAUAUUUCCGAUCAUCCGACUCAAAAGGAACCUAGGGAGAAGCUCACAUUGCAGAGCUUCGAGUCGAGCAAAGAUGAUACAAUGGUCACUGACAACGCCCCCACUAUGGUGACUCGCGCAAGACCUGCCCAUCGGCCGUCUCGAUCUGUAUCCAACGUUACAGAUGAAAAAGAAGAUGUGGAUGCAUCUGACGAUGAGGUCGAUGAGAUUUACGUGAAAGAUGCUUUCCUCGUCUUUAGGGCUAUGUGUAAAUUGAGCCAUAAGUCUCUUACACACGACCAACAGCAAGAUAUCAAAUCCCAGAAUAUGCGAUCGAAGCUGCUGUCGCUUCAUCUUAUCCAUCACUUGAUUAAUAACCACAUCGCUGUUUUCAACUCGCCCUUGGCAACUAUUCGAAACAGUGCUAGUCCCUCCGACUCUAUGACUCUUCUCCAUGCUGUGAGACCUCACCUGUGCUUGAGUCUGAGCCGCAAUGGCUCUAGUUCUGUUCCAAAAGUCUUCGAAGUCUGUUGCGAAAUCUUUUGGCUCAUGCUCAAAUAUAUGAGAGUAACAUUUAAGAAAGAAUUGGAGGUGUUCUUGAAAGAAAUCUACCUUGCCAUCCUCGAAAGACGCAGCUCUCCGGCAUUUCAGAAGCAGUACUUCAUGGAAAUCAUUGAGAGACUUGCAGGGGACUCGCGAGCGCUAGUAGAGUUAUAUCUCAAUUAUGAUUGUGAUCGGACUGCACUAGAAAAUAUUUUCCAAGAGAUUAUCGAGCAAUUAUCUCGUUUCUUGAUCAUGCCGGCGCCCACCACAAACCAACACCCCCCUCAUGAAAAUCGUGUCAAGCCCACGAACACUUAUGAUUGGCACCAGCGCGGCACUCUCCCACCCAAUCUGACCACCGUGAGUCUGGCAAGCAGUACAUCUCCUGCACAACAAAACCUGUCACCAGAGUUUUCAAUGAAGUACCACGCUCUCGAUUGUCUGGUCGAAAUUCUACGGUCUCUAGAUAGUUGGUCGUCUCAGCGGUUGCCAGGCUCUAGCAGUGGCAACCGUGAGGAUUUGUCUCGAAAGUCCGUGGAAAAUUACAGAGAAUCUUUAGACACUCCGUCUCUUUCCACCGCUCUUCCAUCACCAUUUGUUGAUAGUGGAGGAACCGGCACUGGACGUACGACACCGGCGUUGGAAGAUGACCCGAAUGAAAUAGAAAAAGCUAGACAGCGAAAAGCGGCAUUUGCUCAAGCUAUUCAGCAGUUUAAUUUCAAGCCUAAGCGUGGAAUAAAGCUUUUCCUCAAGGAUGGGUUCAUCCGAUCUGAUUCACCAAAAGACAUUGCCAACUUCUUACUCCGCAAUGAUCGUCUUGACAAAGCUGCGAUUGGGGAGUAUCUUGGAGAAGGAGAGCCGGAGAAUGUUGCCAUUAUGCACGCUUUCGUUGAUUCUAUGGAUUUCUCCAAACGACGAUUCGUCGACGCCCUCCGUCACUUUCUGCAGAGUUUCCGCUUGCCUGGAGAAGCCCAGAAGAUCGAUCGAUUCAUGCUCAAGUUCGCAGAGCGUUACCUUUCAGGAAAUCCAAACAGCUUUGCCAAUGCCGAUACAGCGUACGUUCUAGCGUACUCUGUUAUCUUGCUUAACACAGACCAACAUAGUAGCAAGAUGAAAGGCCCCCGUAUGACAAAGGAGGAUUUCAUCAAAAACAAUCGAGGCAUAAAUGACAAUCAAGAUCUUCCGGCUGAAUAUCUUAACUCUAUCUUCGAUGAGAUCGCCAAGAACGAAAUUGUACUCGAUUCUGAAAGAGAACAUGCUGCUGAACAAGGGGUGCUCCCCGCUGCUCCCACAGGGUUUGCCUCCAGAGCCGGCCAAGUUUUUGCAACAGUAGGAAGAGAUAUUCAAGGAGAAAAAUAUGCUCAGGCAUCGGAAGAGAUGGCCAAUAAAACGGAACAACUUUACAGGAGUCUCAUCAAAGCCCAGCGCCGAACGGCUGUUAGGGACGAGUUCUCCCGGUUCAUACCGGCCACUUCUGUUCGUCAUGUCGGAUCCAUGUUCAACGUCACUUGGACGUCCUUCCUUUCUGGGCUGUCUGCCCCCGUUCAAGAAACCCAAGAUAUUGAAAAGAUUAGGCUGUGUAUGGAAGGAAUCAGACUUGCAAUUCGUAUUUCUUGCUCCUUUGAUCUGGAAACCCCGAGAGUGGCGUUUGUGACGGCCUUGGCCAAGUUUACAAACCUCGGCAACCUUCGAGAAAUGACCAGCAAGAAUUUAGAAGCAUUGAGAAUAUUAUUAGAAGUUGCUGUUUCCGAAGGCAACAAUUUGCGUGAGUCUUGGCGGGAGAUCCUCACUUGUGUUAGUCAAUUGGAUCGCUUCCAGCUGCUGAGUGAUGGUGUGGAUGAAGGAGCGUUGCCUGAUGUAUCCAGAGCACGAAUUGUAGGCUCCACGCACGGUGAUGGAUCCAGAAAGUCUACACAGACUGCUAGACGACGUCAACGUUCUACCAACAGUUCAUUGUCAUUCAGACCUGAAAUAGCUUUGGAGAGUCGUUCGGCCGAAAUGGUUCAUGCCGUUGACCGAAUUUUUAGCAACACCGCAAAUCUUUCGCAUGAGGCUAUUGUCGACUUUGUUCGAGCACUUAGCGAAGUCAGUUUGCAGGAAAUCAAGUCCUCUGGACAAAGCGAGUCUCCUCGUACCUAUAGUCUCCAGAAAGUCGUUGAAAUCAGUUAUUACAACAUGACUCGAGUCAGAAUUGAGUGGUCGAGAAUCUGGGAAAUCCUCGGACAACACUUCAAUGAAGUCGGCUGCCAGUCUAACACUCAUGUGGUUUUCUUUGCGCUUGAUUCACUGCGUCAACUUUCCAUGAGAUUCAUGGAAAUUGAAGAGCUCCCUGGUUUCAAGUUCCAGAAAGAUUUCCUCAAGCCAUUUGAACAUAUCAUGACAAAUAGCAAUACCGCUACUGUUAAGGACAUGGUUUUGCGGUGUCUUAUUCAGAUGAUUCAAGCUCGUGGCCAUAACAUACGCUCGGGUUGGAAGACAAUGUUCGGCGUAUUUACGGUUGCAGCUCGGGAGCCAUAUGAGAGCAUUGUGAAUAUGGCCUUUGAACAUGUGACACAAAUCUACAACACUCGUUUUGGGGUAGUGAUUAGCCAAGGGGCCUUUGCAGACUUGAUAGUCUGCCUGACUGAAUUUUCGAAAAACACCAAGUUCCAGAAGAAAUCACUACAGGCUAUUGAGACACUGAAAUCCUCUAUUAGCAAAAUGUUGAAAACUCCAGAAUGUCCUCUUUCGCGGAAACAUAUUGUCGUUACAGAUGUUACGGAAGAUACCAGUUCUAAUCUAAAGCACCAGCUCAACCGCCAGUCACAGGAAGAACAAUUUUGGUAUCCGGUGCUCAUCGCGUUCCAAGAUGUAUUGAUGACUGGAGACGACCUGGAGGUUCGCUCAAGGGCUCUUAACUACCUCUUUGAAACGCUCAUUCGGUACGGUGGUGAUUAUCCGCCCGAGUUCUGGGACGUCCUUUGGAGGCAAUUGCUUUACCCGAUUUUUGUAGUCCUGCAGUCAAAGUCUGAGAUGUCCAAAGUUCCCAACCAUGAAGAACUCUCUGUUUGGUUGUCGACGACUAUGAUUCAAGCCCUGCGUCACAUGAUUACUCUGUUCACCCAUUAUUUUGACGCGCUACAGAGUAUGCUUGAUCGCUUUUUAGGGCUUUUGACUCUGUGCAUCUGCCAGGAGAAUGACACAAUCGCACGAAUUGGAAGUAAUUGCUUACAGCAGUUGAUCCUGCAAAACGUGACCAAGUUUUCAGACAAACACUGGGACAAGAUUGUCGGUGCAUUUGUUGAGCUCUUUGACAAGACAACUGCCUACGAACUAUUCACUGCUGCCUCGCCUUUACCACCAAAGACUCCAACGUCAGAAGCAGCGAAGGGCAUUGGCCAUGCCACAAGUAACGGAUCUGUGUCGGGUGCAGAGGCCGUAGAGCCCAAUGCAGAAGACGAUCAAUCAUCUAUUGCCAACGGGGAACAAACACCAGUAGCUGAAAAUGGAGAUGCUGGAGAGACUACCACAUCAACAGCCGAACUUGAGGGAUUCCGUCCACAAGCCCCGGAAAUGAAUCAGCAACCGGCAGCCGUGACAGUCGCCAGACGGCGGUUUUUCAACCGCAUCAUUACUAAUUGUGUUCUACAAUUGCUAAUGAUUGAGACGGUGCAUGAGUUGUUUUCAAAUGAUAAUGUCUACGAUGAGAUCCCUAGCGCAGACCUUCUGCGCCUCAUGGGUCUACUCAAGAAGAGUUAUCAGUUUGCCAAGAAGUUCAACGAAGACAAGGAUCUACGAAUGCAACUAUGGCGUCAAGGGUUUAUGAAGCAGCCACCCAAUCUGCUGAAGCAAGAAAGCGGCAGUGCAGCUACAUAUGUAAACAUUCUUUUCCGAAUGUAUGGCGAUGAACGACAAGAACGAAAGAGCAGUAGAGCCGAGACUGAAACGGCACUCGUUCCAUUAUGUGCAGAUAUCAUUAGAAGUUUCGUCCGCCUUGACGAGGAGACACAACAUCGAAACAUCGUCGCCUGGCGACCUGUUGUAGUUGAUGUGAUUGAAGGCUACAACAACUUCCCACAGGACAGCUUCUCCCAGUAUAUUGAAACAUUUUACCCCCUGACCAUCGAUCUAUUAGCUCGGGAUCUCAAUUCUGCUGAGAUCCGACAGGCUAUUCAAUCUCUCCUUCGACGAAUCGGCGAGGUUAAACUUGGCUUGACAUUCUCGCAUGCUCCCGUCGACGCGUCGUCGAUCAAUUCUACUAGAAGGUACAGUCGUGCCUGA